AUGGAUCCGCUAGAGGAUACGAUAGCUGCGUCAAAAGAUGGCGCCAACUCCCAGGGCGUGUAUAUCUAUCGCCCUGCAGACUCGUCCAAGGCGUACAGAGAACGACCCACGAAGCGACGUAAGGUGUUAUCGUCAGAGCAUGAACCUGAGCAGAACGCGCGCAUCUUCGCCCCGCUGCUGAACGGAGACGAGAAGCCGGAAUCGAUCGACUUGAGAUAUAAAGCUUUCCAGCAGUUAUGGGGGGCCCAGGAAGCCAAAAUCCAGAGGGUUUUGGACGAGGUCGACUCGGAGGUCCUGGAGAAUGUUGCAUCUUUCGUCAGGUCGACAUCGCCCGAGACGUAUGAUGGCUGCAUUCCCUCCGCACUGGUGACCGUCGGAUCCAACGUUUCUUCCCUUGGUCGACUUUUGGCGCGACUCAAUGAUCAACUGAUUUCGACAAACGAGGGAGGAGUAGUCAUGCUCGAUUCUGGGGAUGCGCCCAACCUCAAGGCAACGCUGAAAAAUACCAUUCGAGCCGCAAUCGCGAACACCGAGGGGAAUGCCGGUUACCAAUCGUUCUUGAAUGAUCGAGAUGGACCCCGAUUACUUGGAUAUGAUCUCGACCUACUUGGGGACUAUGUACAAAAAAAGGGCGUCAAGAAAUUAGUACUCGCUUUUCGAGAUAGCGAAGCCUUUGAUCCGAAUAUUCUAACGGAUCUGUUAUCUCUGCUAAGCUCCUGGCUUGACCGAAUCCCUUUCACCCUGUUGUUCGGAAUCUCAACCUCCGUUGAGCUCUUCGAGGGACGACUCCCGCGAUCGAGUGUCGCCUUAUUGAGAGGGAAAUAUUUUGAAAUCCACGAGGCAAGCAACUGUGUUGAUCGCAUCUAUGAGCGAAUACAGGCGGAGGAGGAUGGUCAACUAUGGAUAGGCCGCAGCAUCACAAACAUUCUGUUAGAAAAGUCAAGCGACUUCUUUCAGACGCCGGAAGCUUUUAGUCGAACCGUCAAAUAUGCCUACAUGUCGCAUUUCUUCGCGAAUCCCCUGGCGGUCCUUCUUGCGGACGAUCGAGACGAAGGCAAAUUGCAGCAGCGCCAACUGUGUGAGGCAAUCAGAAACACUUCGUCUUUCCGAACAUAUUGCGAAGAUCUCACCGAUCAGGGCCACCUGAAACAGGUGCGCAACCUGCUAGAGGACGAUCAGAUUCUCUUUCAUGAAAGUCUACGACAACUUGGAGCUGGACAGCAAAAAUUGCGCGAUAUGUUCCAAGCCGUCAAGGUUGUUCACUCUUGUCUAAAGGAAUUCAACCUUGUCAAGCGGACAGGCAUAUCCGACCUAUCGAUCCUGGCACUCUCAGGGGAGUUGCUGGAUUCGCAAUUGGUAGGAGACAUCCUCCGGACCGUCAAGACUCUAGACUCCACCCGACUUAAGGCGCUUUUCACGGUCCUUUCCCGUCAUCUCAUGCAGCAUCCAGGGUUCGUAAAAAUCGAAAAAGAUCUGGAUGACUUGCUCGAGAAGUACCAAAGCCCCGAGCCACUUCGGAGUGAGUACGACAGCCGCCACUCCACCAUGGCAACAACGGUUGUUCAACAGCGGGUAAAAGUCAGUAAGGGCAAAUCAAAGCUGUCUGAACAGGACAUUGAAUAUACGAAUAUUGUCAACCGCUUUCUCAAUCUUUCGGAGGCGUAUUUCCAGGCGAGUCUUUUCCGGCCACAGGACCUGUUCCUGCAUGAGGUCUUCCUGAUUGAUAUGAAAAAUCCACUGAAGGAAACCUUUGCCCCGCGACCGCGCUUUGCCAUUGAGCGUGCAUUAUCAAACCCCUUCGAUUACUUGAUAUCGACUUCGGAGGCGGCGGAGACGAAAGUCUCGGCCAAACAGCCUGCUACGGCGAUCUUAUAUCAGCUGUACCUCGAGUCUGGGUCCCUUGUGAACAUGCACGACCUUUGGCAUGCAUUCCAUGCAGUAUUUGAGAGCGAUCAAGGAGACCGCUGCGACGAGCGCAUGACCAUGACCCUGUUCUAUCGGGCUCUAUCGGAGCUAAAGGCGAUGGGCACGAUCAAAUCCAGCCGUAAGAAGGUCGAUCAUGCCGCGAAGACCUCAUGGAUCGGUCUUUGA